ACGGCUGCUCAGCUUUUACCUCUAAGCAACAAAGAUGGCGUCCAUGUUUGUUAUAAAUGUGAUUCUGUUAAUGAUCGCAUAAUUCCUCAAGUAGGGCCGCAAAACGAGACUAAGGAGUUUGAUUAAGUUAACUACCUGACAAAAUGUCAUGAUUUUGUAACGUUAUUUGUUUUAAUUCGUGGUAUGUCUUCGUCUAACUCUUCCCAUCCUAUGGACUGGACAUUUAGCGAGUUUGAAAUCCAGCCUUCACUCUGGAAACUUAUUGAAGAGUUUGUAGCAAAAAGCGAAAGACCUGAAAUCAAGGAAGUUUUGGGGGAAGACCUGGUUGAAGAGACUGUAGAGCUCCAUAAUGAGGCAACAUCAUUAUUAGAAAUUUGGAGAGAAUACCAUGAAGAGACAGACAGGGAAGAAAGAGAGGUUGCAUUGAACAGACACUUGAGUAGACUACCAGAACCUCCUCUUAUCAGGGAGAACCUGAAAAAAGAGAUCAUGAUGUUUGUUGGGAUGCUGCAACAACGAGCAGAAGAGGAGGGGAGGCAGUCAUCUUCUGUGCUCUCAAAGAAGGAUAAUGAAAUUGUGGAUUAUGUUAUGGAAAGGCCAGAGGCUACUGUAAAAAGGUGCCGCAGUGCAUCCAGUCGACCAUCAACAGCAGCCAGCUCGCAAGACGGCCGUCAGACACCCAUGAGAGCCACACCUAGUAGUGAAGGAAGCAGAUGUACUUCCUCUUUGAGUGAUCACUUGGAAUCUAUGAAUGACAAGCUGAAUGCUCUUGAGAUUGAUAGAAUAACAGACCAUCUGAGAAGCUUACUCCUUGAAGAGAAGCAAAGACUGUCUGAUGAUAUUUCCUUUCUACAAGAGUGUCUAGUUGAGGAGUCAGAUUAUAGGCAACAAGUAAUGGCAUCACCUGACCCCGAGCCAUCUAUCAAAGAACUACGAGAACUUGGAACAAGGCUUGAGAAAGAACUUUUAAGCAAACCCACAGUCAAUCAAACGUCACCAAAACAUAAGCCUGUUAGAUUCAAGCAGACUUCCCUUGAGGAAACUUCACUUGACAACAACAGAAAUCGAGCUAGACAAGCAGUGCCAAAGCCUCCCAUGUCACCCCCUGACAGGCAGGGCCAAGCAUCACUACAAAUGAGGAGCUUUACUGUGAAAGCCAGUAAUGUAAAGGGCUCAGCAAACAGUAACCGCAAUGUACCAUCUCCUCCAAACUCUGCCAAGUCACAUGGGCCAAGACCUGGAUCCUCCACACGCUUCCGCAAGAUGAUCAUUGAUGUUCGAAACUCAACAACAUAAAUGCAGUUACUACCCCUUUGGCAUACUGUUACUUUGAUAUAGUAAAGAGUAUCAGACACUGAUGAUCCACCGGUGACAAGUGAGGCUUUCAUUUUUUUUCUUGGAGGGGGGGGGGGGGAGGGUAAUAGAGGUGCACAUAACCCCUUCACCCACCUCUACAUUGUUUACCCUAGCUAUUGGAAGUGGUGUAUAUGAGACCAUCGACCCCAAGACGCACCCUUCCUUUUCCAUUAAUCUUGUUCUUCUUUACUUACAACGUAGGUCUUUACCCUGAUUUUAUGGGGUUUGCAAGAGAAGAGUUUUUUGCCAUGUGGCAAGCAAAGCUGGGAAGAUAGUUACUUGGUAUCGAAGAUCGUAGAUCGCGCGAAAGUGGCCCUAAAGAUCUUGUAUUCAUUUGUUGUUGAGUUUUUUGAACAUCUGUGUGAUCAGACAAUUUAUACGGCAGAAAAAUAUGUCGAAUUUCGGUUUUGAGAGAUUGUAAAUAUAUCUUAUUUAUUGCUGGUAAGCAUUGUAUAAAGAAAGGUAACAAACUGUGUGCAGUUUUACAAAAGUUGACGAAAAAGUUAUUUUAUUAAAAAAGAUUUGUGUGCAGGUUAAUUAA